AUGGCUCUGUGGACUCCUUACGCGGAGGAGGCCUUGGAUUUAACCAAAAAUGUGAAACGAGAUUCAGAGCAAAUAGUUGUACCCGAUUACAAAUAUCCAUCAGAAGAUGAUAGCUGCUAUAAUUACGUUUAUUCAUACAAUGUGCCGCCAUCGCAGAUUUCUCCAGUGGAGAGUUGGAACCGAAAAGUGUCUUCGCCUCCACAUUCUACAGAUUCGUUUGAAAUUGACUCCUUAUCCGAUGAUGUGGAAUACCAAGCCUUUGAACGAGACGCUUUAAGAGCUAUGGCUGAGAAAAAUGGCGGGACGCUCUUGGGAAAUAAUCCCAGAAUGCGACGAGCUGUUCAAACUAGUCAAGCGGCGGACGACUCUUACAGAAAACAGAGGGAAAGAAAUAACUUUGCAGCAAAACAGAGCAGGGAUAGGCGAAAAUUAAGAGAGGUUCGUCUUGCGUUCCAAGUAACGUUCCUAAAGAAAAAGAUCGCGGACUUAAGGACCAGACUGGGAGAACGAGUGUGUCUACGAUGUCAGCAGCAAUGUAGAUGU